UCGACUCCCCAUAUAAAAACUUACACAAUCAGUAUCCUUUCUUCUAACCAUAUGAUUUACUUGACCCAUUCCCAUUUUAAAUACAUCCACACCACAAUUAUUUUUUCCUACCCCUACCAAAUCCGCUUUAGCCCAUAGCUGACAUCCACCAUAAUUAAUUAACCAUGUUCCUACCAAUCGAUCCCAUCUUGCUCUUCCCCAACUAAACCAAGAUGCUUUUCCCCCGCCGGAAAUCCCCGCCGAACAUGCGGUCAUCGGAGCCCCUCGUCGCCAAGCAAACCGUCUCCUUUUCCGCCGGCCGGAAGCCCAACGGCCUCAUCUCCGCAUUCGCCGUCGUCCUCUCCGCCCUCCUCCUCGCUACCUUCAUCUACAACAUUCAUUUCGCCAAGUCAGCACAACAUUUCGUUGUUCGCUUUCCCGCACAAACCCGAGACCAGGAUGCCAACAGCAGCAUAAUUGCCGUGAAGGAGAGGGAGAAGGAGAAGGCUUUUGUGGGCGUGCCGGAGAGCUGCGACCUCUUUACCGGCGAGUGGGUGUAUGACAACGUGACGCGGCCAUUAUAUAGAGAAGAAGGGUGUGAGUUUCUGACGGCUCAGGUUACGUGUAUGCGCAACGGCCGUGUGGAUGACACUUAUCAGAAGUGGCGGUGGGAGCCUCGGGAUUGCUC